GACCCAGUGAUACCGGUGUAACGAGCUCGUUGGAUGCGUGUGAGUUUUGCGUCUAAGGCGUCGCCUCUUGGUUGCAAUGGAAUGGAUAACAUUAAUUUUGUGUGCAACUAUUUUAAUUAUUUCUAUUAAUAUUCUCUUUGGUAAAAGUCAUCCAAACGCGCCUCCAUGCAUAAGAGGAUGGAUACCUUGGUUUGGUGCAGCCUUUGAAUUUGGAAAAGAACCUUUGCAUUUCAUCCAGCAAGCCAGAGCCACGCAUGGACCAGUUUUUACUGUUGUAGUAGCUGGAAAGCGACUCACCUUUUUAACCUUAAAUGAAGACUUCAAAGCUUUUUUUACAUCCAAAGAUGUUGAUUUUGACCAAGCAGUGCUAGAGCCUGUUUACAAAACAGCUUCUAUCAGCAAGGAAAGUUUCUUUGAGUGCCACCCUGUCUGUUUCGCCAUAAUGAAGAGCAGACUUACUCCAGGCAACACAGCGAUACUUUCUGGACCUCUCUGUGAAGAAUUUAAUGACCAUUUAGAGAGCCUAGGGAGCGAAGGAUCUGGACAGCUAAAUGAGCUAAUCAAGAGUGUUAUGUAUCCAGCAGUAAUGAGCAAUUUACUGGGCCGAUGUAACUCCCUGAAAAGUGCCCUUACUAAGCAGGAGUUUCUGGAUAAGUUCACAACCUAUGAUGAUGGGUUUGAAUAUGGAUCUCAGCUUCCAGACAUGUUCUUGAAGGAAUGGGCAAACUCAAAGCAGUGGCUUAUUUCUCUACUCAGAAAUAUGAUUACCAAAGCAGAGGAGACCCUUUCCAGUGAGAAUGGUAAUAAGACUUUACUACAGCAUCUUGCUACUUCGAUAUCAGACAAACUUCUUCCCAAUUAUGGUGUGCUUAUGCUUUGGGCGUCUCUGGCAAAUGCUAUACCAAUAACAUUUUGGGCCGUUGCCUUUAUUUUGUCAAACCCUGGAGUAUAUAAAAUCGCUAUGGAUCAGAUCAGAGAUGCCAUCCAAAACCGAGACAAGGAGAAGACAAAGGUGACCCUAGAUGACUUAAGGCAGAUGCCAUAUGUGAAGUGGUGUAUCAUGGAAGCCAUUCGGCUGAGGGCCCCUGGAGUCAUUACUCGUAAAGUAGUGCGGCCCCUCAAAAUACAGAAUUACAUCAUCCCACCUGGAGACAUGCUUCUGAUGUCUCCUUACUGGGCACACCGUAACCCCAAAUAUUUCCCAGAUCCUGAGGAUUUCAAACCUGAACGAUGGGAAAAGGCAGAUUUAGAAAAGAAUGUCCUCUUGGAAGGAUUUGUGGCAUUUGGAGGGGGGAAAAAUCAGUGUCCAGGAAGGUGGUAUGCUAUCAUGGAGCUGCAUAUGUUUGUGGCCCUGAUUCUCUACAAGUUUGAUUUUACCCUGCUGGAUCCAGUACCUAAGCCGAGCCCUCUGCAUUUGGUGGGAACCCAGCAGCCCGAUGGACCCUGCACUGUGAGAUACAAGCAUAGAUAAGGUGCCUAUUUUCAGACAGUUAAAGCUUCGCUUAAAGCAUCCUGGGAUGAUCUUCAGACGUUUGAAGAAGAAUCAGCAAUAACACGAUUUAUUAACUUAGUCACAAGAAAACCAGAAAUUUAUGAAAUUCUAAAGUUAUUUUAAUGCACUUGCUCGUAGUGUAUACAUUGCAGAUUUUUUGGAUCAACCUCUUGUAUAACUGAGGGCAUAACAGAGGUGAUAGAUUUCAGAAAGCAUGUUGUUGUGGAAAUUCCUCUCUCAGACCGAGAGCCUUUUGUCAUAUUCAGGAAGUAUGUAAUAAAGUAAAUUAAGGUUCAUGUGUAUAUGUGACUGCGGUCAUAUAUUACAGCUAAACAUCUUGUACAUGAAACGGACAAAGUAGGGCAAAGUUUACAGACAAUAUAACUAAGUGGUGGUUCUCUUUUGUGAAGCAGAAAUAUGUAAACACAUUAUUACAUCUAUAAACACUGCUUUAGCAGUGCUUCUUUUCUGCAGUGGUGAAAAGGAUUGUUUCUGUAAACACAUCUGUCUUUUAGUCUGUAAGAGCUUUACUGCAUCUGUGUACACUCAUUUUGGCUAACACAUUAGAUGGCAUGAUUUACAUUGAGCAAUAUUAUGUGUUUGGAUGGAAGCAUCCUUAAUUCGUGGGGAAAAUAAAAUGUUUACAUGAUUAAAAUUUGAAAUCAA